GAUUAUUUUGUAACGCAUGCUUUAGUUAUCGUAAAUGUUUCACCGACGAGGAGCCAAAUAUGUUUUUUUCUGAAAGUGCAGAAAAAAUAUUAUCUAUGAUUGUUGAAUUUUACUGUAUACAAUAAUAUAUAGUGCUCUCUGCUAGCUUCUUGUGGCUUCCAUUCACAAUGUCAGAGAGACUGGUUGGUAUGUAAACUUUAAAAUUUCCUUUCUUCUUCCUGUUUAUUAAUCUCCUCCUCUUGUUGUUGUCGUCGUCGUUGUUGUUGUUGAUGAGAGAAUGAAUUAGAAAGGUUGUUCGGAGGUGAAUGCAUGCUCGAAUAAUUUUGAGAUCCGGGAACAAUAAUGGCGAUGAGAAUAGUUAGAGUUCUUGUGUGUGCUCUGAUUGUUGCCAUGGAUGUUGCUGCUGGGAUUCUCGCAAUUGAAGCUCAAGUUGCUCAAACCAAGGCAAUCAAGGCGCAGGCUGAAGGGAGGGGAAGUCGCUCGGGCUGCAAGGAGUUACCCAGCAGUUGUAGCAGUCGUGCAUUCAAGCUAGCAUUAGCAGCAGCUGUGCUCUUAGCUUUGGCCCAUGUCACGUCUAACCUGCUAGGAGGGUGUACAUGCGUCUGCAGCUCAAUGGCAGAGCUCGAAAGAUCCUCCAGCAACAGAAAGUUCUGGUUCGCUUGUCUCGUCUCCUCCUGGAUAAUUGCUGCGAUUGGGCUGCCAAUGGUGAUCACAGGCAUGCUGGAGAACUCGAGAUCGAGAUCAGAUGGCGGAGGAGGAUGCUGUAGGAUAUCAUCGCACCAACAGCACUUCUUGUCCACCGGUGGCGUGCUAUGCUUCGUUCAUGCACUUCUCUCCCUCUCGUUUUAUUGUUCCUCCAUUAUUAGCGUAGACAAGCUGACAACUACCGAUCAUGCCCACGACGACAACCUAUAAUUCCACACUUUCCAACACCUAGAUCGGUAGGGACUGUAUGAUUAGGCACAUAGAUAUUAUGUAUUUAUGAUACGUUGUUAUCAUCUACCAUCUGACUCUACUAAUAUAAGAUAUCCAUUAAUCAUACAUUCAGACUAGCAUCAAUUUAAUAACAUAUGGUUUAAAUA